AUGAUUUUCAAAAAGAACGUGGGCUCACUUUCCCCAUUAGGCCUCGAUUUUGGGGCCCAAGGAAAAAAUAAUCAAAUCACUUCCUUGAGUCGUUUCCCGGGGAAAACCAAUACAGUACUACACAGGAUUGAAACUCCGGCGAUGUCGGUGGCCGAUUCGUGUUGUUUUCGGGGGAAUUUUCACGACGAAGUCAAAACCCACUUCCAUUUACUUAAAAGCAAGAGCCCUUUAUGGCGUCAAAACAUUUUAUUUCAGAAAUGCAUCUUUGCCUGGGAAGAGAAACGUCGUAUCUCACUUCUAGCAACGCGUGCGACGAAAAGAGAACAAGAAUGCAAGUUAAAUCUUAAGUAUCAAAAGCAGAAAGAGUGGAUUCACUUCGUAGGUGUUGGAGGUAGUGGGUUGUCGGCUCUAGCUUUGCUCGCUGUCAAACACGGUUUUGAGGUUAGUGGGUCAGAUUUAACAUGGACCAGCUUCAUGGAUGGGCUGCAACAAGCUGGAGUACGCUUGCAUGUUGGUCAUUCGGUCUCAAAUAUUCAAAGCAAAAAUGGGUCAAGAUUCCCCAAUGCGGUUGUUGUUUCUAGUGCCAUCCCACAAGAUAAUGUAGAGAUCUUACAUGCCAAGUCCAUUGGAGUACCUGUUUACAAACGAGAUUUUUGGUUGGCGAAGCUCACUGAGCAUCACAAAUUAAUUGCAGUCAGUGGAAGCCAUGGGAAGAGCACAACAGCUGGUUUACUAGCUUAUGUUUUGAAGUCAAUGGGAGAUGAUCUCACAGCUGUAGUUGGAGCACAUGUGCCACAGUUUCCUGGAGGAAAUAUAAUCUGGGGUGAUGGUCAGCACUUUGUGCUUGAGGCUGAUGAAUAUGACGGCUGCUUCUUGGGGUUAUCACCUUACAUAGCUGUCAUAACAAAUGUGGACUGGGAGCAUGUGGAUAUCUUUCAAGAUGAGGAAGCCGUUAAAACUUUGUACAGGAGGCUCCUUAAAAAAAUCAGAAUGGGUGGACAUCUCAUCAUAUGUGGGGAUAGUUUAGGAGCAUAUUCCUUGCUAGAUUACACAAGAGAAGGAACUAAACCAGAGCAUUCAAUUGGUACGAUGUCAAUUCCAAGUUCAGAUAUUGAUGGUUACGAUGUAACAACGUACGGAAUUUCAAGUACUAAUGAAUGGCAUGCUUCAUCAAUUUGUCCCAACUCACAGGGUGGCAGUGAUUAUGUACUUUGCCAUAGAGGACAGCCAUUAGCAGAGAUUAGUCUACAAAUUCCAGGAGUUCAUAAUGUCCUCAAUUCAGUAGCUGUUAUUGCCACAGUGAUGGCACUCUUACAUGACCAAAGGCCAACACGUGAACUAAUCAGCUCUUUGAAGUUACAUUUGUCCAAUUUCAUAGGUCUUUCUAGGCGAUUUGAGUUGAUUGGAGAAAUACAUGGAUGCCAUAUAUAUGAUGAUUAUGCCCACCAUCCAACAGAAGUUUACGUGGUUCUUCAAGCAGCACGUCAGAGAUUCCCAUUCAAGAGACUGCUGGUGGUAUUCCAGCCUCAUACUUACAGUCGUCUAGCAGUGUUUAAGGAUGAUUUUGCCGUUGCAUUAAGUUAUGCAGAUUACAUUGUGGUUACAGCGGUUUAUUCUGUCAGAGAAUCAGGUGCUUGGAAUGUUUCUGGAAAGGAUUUAGCUGCUUCCAUUAUUGGUCCCCCAUCUGAAUACAUCCCAGCUCUGGAGGAUGUGGUUGAUAAACUAGCACUGGAGAUAUCCAAGGAUCCUCUGCGUGAAAUUGUCAUUUUAACCCUUGGAGCAGGUGAUAUCAACACAGUGGGCCCUAAAUUACUGCAUGAAUUGCGAAAGAGAUUAUGUAAAGCAAAAUCUAAGCACUAGCAGCCAUCCUUUCAUUGCAUCAUUUGAUUCUUGAGAUCUGGAUGGAAAGCACAGUCACCAAACUGACAGAUUUAACUGCAUAAUGUAAAAUCUGGAGGAUUGCUGGAUUUGCUAGUAAGGAAGAAGUCAGUGACGAAGUCACUGCCUAUUGCAUAUAUGAUAUCUGAUGCUCUUGAUGAUGAUAGGCAAAAAGUUUUGUUGUAAAGUUUUCUAGUAGCCCAAAUCAAAAACAAUCGAUUCCGCUUCUUAGGGUGAAGCUUUGGAGACCAUGAAAAUGUCAUGAGGUAGGCUAAAGCUCCUAGAUUGUAACUGCUUAUCAUGUAACACACUUUAAAAAGUCUGCAAUGCCAGAAGUUUAGAGAAGAUAUGAGUUUUGAGGGCAAAUGCGAGGGCUGUGUCAGCAUUCUGAAAGAAAAUUCAUUUAUUUUCUUUUAGUUAUCCUCCGGGGCAUUACUCUGUAAUCAUAUUGUACACUGCAUGUCA